CAGAAAGGAUUUUCCAGCCGCAUCAUUACAGGCCCUCCACACUCAUUGGGUGAUGUGAGAGACUUGCUGCUAUCCAUGCCUAAUCCACCGGGGCACCAUUUGUGGAGGCCUCAAGCUAUUAUAGAUCCCAUUGAUCCUUCUUGGUUUUCAACAGAUGCAAGUUCAGACGUGACCAACCAGCGGCACAGAGGGAGAGUUGCACAAGAGGAUGUUGGGCCAGUGUAUGGCUGGAAUUACACAAUAUUUGACAUUAGUGUUCGCUAUCCGGGUCAGUCCUAUUGCCUAGGAUAUCGCCCAGGUGCUUACGCAGAUCCCACAUUGCGGCGGAUGAUGCUUGGGCCGACUGUGACAACCAUCACUCCUACCUUCUCCCCCAACUCUCUCCUAUAUCGGGCAAGAGUUUAUACGACUGCAAAUCCCAGUGUUCAUGUUGCUUUAGCUCCACCCCAUGAUCUUGCACGCAUACGAAUCCAAGGUGUUCCCCUUAACCUGACAUGGGAGGUGGUGCCACGGCAAGUUCCAGAAGGGAAGAAAGUGGAGCUGCAAGCAAGGUUUAAGUUUCCAGUUCGUCUUGGCCCGAAUGUUUUAAACAUAGAGGUGUUUGCUGCAAAUGCAAUAGAUGUAUUAGACUACUACCUGGUGGUCUACUAUGUACCAGAUACACGACUGUCUCGUUUACAAGUUGGAGGAAGUGUGUUGUUACCACCAGUGCAGAUUCCUAUCUCACCUAUGUUCCGACGCGGCAGUGAAUUGCACUAUACAGCACAAAUCAGUGCUGCGCUUCCCCAUGUAAGAUUUCUCGCUCGCUCCUAUGACUCCGAGGCACUGGUUUAUGUAAGAGUGCCGAGGGAAUCAUCUCCAUCAGAAUACUCCCCGCUCUCCUCCUCUUCUCAGUUGUUGCCAUCCUCUGGUUCCUCCCAAGACCAAGGUCAGGUCCGUGUGUCGCUGGAACCGGGUCUCGGCCCGGAAGAUGUGCCUUAUGCACUUCCUCCAUGGAAUGAGAGCUGGACUUCUCAGGACUUGGAUCCAUUUUCGGAGACUUCAUUCUCUCGUCUCGACUGGCCGUCGGGCACACUCUGUGACCCUGGACCUUGGAACCUUCGUCGUCCUCCUUCCUCUCAUAUAGCUGAGCGGUGGGUCCAGUCUAUGUGUGGCCUCUCCUAUGUCGAUGUAUCUGGUAACACAACGGGGGAUCCCAAUGAUCGUAGGAUGUUGGUGGGCCAUAUCUUCAGUCGGUCUAUCCGAUUAAGAGCUGUGCUUGGUGACCAGGAACUCCCACAUUCUCAAUUUGUUGGUGAGCUGGCAUCUGCAAUGCGAAUGCUGAAUGAGCAAAGUGAGCCGACACCGGAGGCCAUAAUGCAGUGGCUGAGGAACGAGUUUGUGGACCAGGCGGACAUACUGAACCUGGCUGAGAAAGGAGUGGUAUGGCAAGGUAUGUACAGUGCUUAUGUAGUUCGCCAGAAUCAAUGGACACCUCUGAUCCACAUGCGAUAUGGACUCAACCCUGUGGAGCUGUGGUUUGUCUCCAAAGGCCAGCCUCUUGCGCCUUAUGUGAUUAUGGUAAAGCGGGCUUUUGAAAAUCUCCAAAAUAUUGGCAUCAAGUCCCUUAGAGCAGUCGGUGAUUAUCCUAUCGAGCCACCUUUUGACGUGUUUCUUAGAGAAGGAUAUACUGUGACACUACCAAGGCUAUCAGAUGCUGUGCAUUUCAUCGCAGAGCCAUCUCACAGGGGAGUUGUAUCUGCUUCUGUGAAAUUUUGGCGUGGAAACUCUACACUCAAACUUGGAAGAAAUCUAAUUGCCAUUACAGUGCGGACAUUGGAAGACAUUGUGGGCCAGCCUCCCCCCAUGGAGGCCCUGUACAAUCUCACACUAGUUGUGUCACCAACCAACCUUGCCGACCUGUCUUUCCAAGGGGAUAGCCCUGCUUUUUCAGCAAGCCUGUACCCUCCGAUCUUUGAUCCUCUGCGCAUGGAGUACAACCUGACUCUCAGGGACUUGAACUCAAUGGUGAUCCGUGCAACAGCUCUUGGACCCAGAGCUAUCCCAGUGAUCGAGUGUUCAUUUGGCUGUCAAGUACAGCAAGCUCCUACUCCCUUUCGCCCUCCACCUCCUUCUCCACCUACAGCCACUGGUUCUACGGAGGACACAGACUACAUGACUGAUUAUGUCACGCCAACAUUUGCACCACCAUAUGCUCUUGGUGUUCCUGAGCCACCAAGUAUUCCUCAGCCACCAGAGAUUCCCAACACACCACCAGGACUCGAAUCACCACCAUCUGUGGAUGACUAUCACUAUGACUACUAUUCAGAGGACAAAUGUGAUAUCGAUCCUCUGAAUUGCCAUCCAAGACUGAAAACGGCUACAUCCCCAUUGAUGGCGCCAAGAAUAUCUCCCACCGACCAUCUAAGUGGCUUCCUACAGGACAUUUUUGAUGAAGAUGAACAAACAUAUGACUAUACCGACCUCGGUGAUUACUUCAACCUUGGUUCCCCAUUGGACAUUGCCGCACCAGAGCAUGCACAGGCACCAACAUCAGCUGUUUCAAUUGGCAAUGCUCCCACGUCUCUCCCUGGUGGCUACAAUGGCUUUUCCGUCAGUUCAACUGUGAAGGAUGCUGGAGGGGGCUGGUCCACAUGGACUCAUGCAGCCGACUCCCUCCCUACCACGUCUAGCCAUGACAUUCCGAUUGCUAUGGAGGUCGAGAGUUCAACAGUUUCGUCCUCUAGCCUCCAAGGGAACCAGGACCUCCUCAGUGUAAGUAAUCUCAAGGGAUCGGCAGCCAUCCAGCUCAGACCACGAUCACAACCAAAACCUGCUUCAAUCUCAAAGCAAAGCGAACCUCCUCAAUCCCGGCCACCUCUCACUGCUUCGAGCUUGAAAGUAGGAAUCGAAGCACAAUUCGAACAGAAAGUGGAAGCAAAAGACCUUGCAAGUUCCUCGGAAGCUGCUCCUGGUCCAUGCGAUGCACCAGAGGUGCUAACAUAUGAUGACGUGAGGAGGUACCAGUCUUAUAGUGCCAGUAUUGCCUCUCACUCUGCAAACUUUUCCGGAAUGAGGACAAAGGUGUUACCCUCGACUGCACCGCAGUCCUCCAUGGGGUCUCUGUGGGAACGCAUCUCUGCUUGGCGUAAUAGUUCCCGAAAUCCGUCAGGCCAGCUGCCUGUGCCUCGUGGUGACAAGCCUCAUCCUAUCCCUGUUAGUGUUCACACCACCACUCUGCCUCAAUUUAUGGUUGUGCUGGAAUCUAAUGUAGGCGAGGUAUCAGCGCUCUUUGCAGCUUCUGCUCCGAAAGCCGGCGCUGCAUGGUUGCCAUCAAUAGCCAGGGGAUCCAGUGAAAAGCUAGAGGAGCCAGAAGCUAUGCCAUCUGAUGAUGAACUAGGUAACUUGAUGCAUGGUGGUGUUGAUUCGGAGACUUGGGCCAUGGACUCUGAGGUGACUCCAUAUCUGGAUUCCUCUGAACAGAAAGCAGAAAAAAAGGAAGAUGCCAUGUUUUCCCUGUUCUCACCCUUGCAGACAGGGAAUACUUCUGAGGGAUCUGAUAUUCGUCAAUGGUUACUGGGGGAGAAAUCCGUGCAUCAUAAUCGGCUAUUAAUGAUGAUUGACCAAUCCGGCCUUGAAGAUGAGAUGGAACCAAGUCUGAUCAAGGUGAUGCCAUCCUCUGUUAACCUUGAAUCAUCUCCACCAUCGUUGGGACAACUUCCAGCGAUUGUGGUGACACAACGCUUGUACUCCGACAGUGAGGAUGUGGGAGGAGGUGAUAUGUAUCUGAAAGGAGAGGCCAAAUCGUGGAUGGGGAAAAGCAGCUUACCACAGCCACAGCAACAGGGAGUUGUCUCUCUGGCAUCAACGAUGGGAACAAUAGGUAUUCCCAGGCAGGUGAAUGCCAUCGUGGGUCUUGGUCGUAGUGUUGUGAACAUCCUUGUUCUGGAUUCAACUGGAGUGGUUGACAAGUCAUAUUCAUUUGAUGUCCAGCGUAGGAUCGACUCCAGUGCUCUUUUGAGGCAGCUAAUUGUCCUGGAUCGGAAUCUUAGUGUGAGUCUGAUUCCACCCUUCGACCCUGAUGUCUUGUCCUACACUGUCUAUGUGACUGGCGAGUCAGCUUCUAUGGUAGACAUCCAUGCGUAUGCCGUAGAUGUAUCAUCAUCCGGCUCGUUGGUCACACUACGCUUGGAUGGAAAGCUUGAUGGAUCUAGUUUUGGGUCAUAUAUCAGAAAUAAUGUCGGGACUAAAGUAAAGGUGAGAGCAGAGAUUGAGGUGGCAGCAAGAGACGCAUCUAUGAGACAAACCUACACACUGGAUAUUUACAUGUUCCCCAAUGGUGAUAGCUCCUUACGGUCUCUUAUUCUCGCAUGUAAGAAAGCCCCGAACAGUAGAUUUGAGUGGCUGUAUACUUUUCCUCUCCAGAUGUAUCAGUACAACUACUCAUACACCCUAGAAAGAAAUGAUGUCAUCGAGCUGGCUGUAAUUGCUAGCCCACGAGUGCGGACUGCUGAGGGAUUGAUGACAGUUAGCGUCCCACCACUCUACGAGAAGAUCCCCCUAUCGACGCGAACCCUGUCCCAGGGAUUCGCUCCACCAACUUUCUCUGCAAAUGUGACUGUAUCCAUCGACUCUGUUAACAUCUACUAUGAUCAUACCAUCUUGAGCUCCUACUCAAUUUCCAUUUCAAAGCAAACAGCUGGUCCACUCCGCCUCUCCUCUCUAAAAAUUGACACGUACGAUACCUAUGGCCCGUAUACUCUGUAUCCCAGCUUCAAUCCAGCCGUUGUGGAGUAUGAGGUAAGAGGUGAUGUGCCUCCCAUUGUGAAUGGCCUAAUCUUAGAAGCAGAGACCAGCUACCCUUUUGACAAUGUCACAGUUGCCGUGAGCCGAGAAGCUCCGGAGUUUUUCUACUUUGUGAAGCCUGAUGUGUACUCCGGAAUCAGAAAUGUAUCCAGAAUGACGGAAAUAUUUGGAUCCAACGUUGUGGUCACACUGAAUGUCACAUCUCCAAGCAACGCCAGUGCAAUCGGGGCAACUUACACUCUGAAAAUUUUUGCUGGUUCCCUUCCCGAAGCCAGAAAGUAUGCUGUCACAGCAAGCGCCCCAUCGAGGGCCAUGCGUGCUGGGGAGUUGCUGUCUUUUCCAUACCGCAUAGCACCGCAGUGCAUUGGGCCAGAAAGAACGGUUGUCCUGUGUUCUCCUUUGCCAAAGGGUCUUGCCUUCAGCGUCUGGGCAACCUCAAAAGCUCCCGGCGUGGAAAGCAGAUGGCAGCUUGUGGACUUUGUCACCACUAGAGCAUCACCUGACCGGACAACUAGCUUUUUUGCAGACCUCACAAUAGUUGGUCUGUAUGGCGUGCGAUUGGAACAUCUUGGUCAUAGGAUCUAUCUCCCUGAUGUCACCAUUGUUUGCAAUGUCACAUCCCCCCAGCAUUCUAUGGCGAUGAUGCAGAGAGACUCGUUUGUCAAGAUUGAUGAGCUUAUCUUGUUCACUGUGGAGUUGAGGGAUGCAUAUGGGAACUUAGUCACAGAGCAGGAUGAUAGGGGAAUGACACCAUAUGAUUUUGUCAUCUCCAUAUGCCCAACCCCUCAAGAGGGGCCAGCUACACAGCGGCGGAGAAAAAGGCAGGCCAGAGGAAGAAUCGAGGUGGACUCCCUGCUCCAGCCGGAUAUCAACAACAUCGACAAUGGAAAUUACAUGCUGUCCAAGCCAACUUCUGGUGGAUCCAAUGAUCUGACUCUCGGAGCAAGUGACUCUAACAGUGAUUCAUCGGUUGCCAGUGGCCACCACCAGAGUGCACGUAAUGACCAUGAUACUGGUAACGAGAGUGGUCAUGAGGAUGGUGAAAAUAUGAGCAUCUUCCAUUACUUGGUGCCACGAGUGGGUGCUCAUGAAGGCCUGCCGGCGAAACGAAUGGUGGACAACUCUGGAGAUAGCAGCUUGGGACCCUUGAGAAUAGCGGCCUCUCCCAGCAUGUCUUAUUCAAAGUUUAAAUCGGGCAUGACAGGAGGAGGUGCAGUGGGAGUUGCCUUGGCAAGGGAUCGCUUCACCACUGCUAGUGACAAUCACAAGGGAAGCGGGAUUUUCAAACGGGAAUGGGCUUCCUCAAGGUUUCCCAAGCACACAGGUAUUAGUGGAGAACAAUCAGACCUCGUGUAUGACAUAGCAGAAGUGGUGGAGAAUGGGAACACAGUAGCAUCUUCUGAUGGAUGGAGCUCCAGGGAUUAUGCAAUUUCUGCACUCAAUGCUGGCGAUGGGUUGGUCAGUGAUGUACCAUCUUAUCUAAGCAUGGUUUCUGGUUCUGGUUCUGACUCCGCUAGCAGCAAGCCACUAACGGCAGGAGGUAGUUUGAAAUGGAACAUCCAGCCAAUUGUCGACAUGCCCACUACUGAUAGCUUGGGCGAAGAGAAGGCACGAUCAGACAUAAAACCCCAGAGCUGGGCAACAGUCCAGUCCAGUGAACUGUCCAACCUCCCUAUCACAGCAUUCUUGACCUCGGCAUGCCAGGGAAACCCUUCCCGAAACAUGACACUGCAGGCUACCCAAAAUGAGCCUUAUUAUUUCUCUUUCUCGUUCUCCACCACCAUAGCUGGAUGGCACUAUAUCAUCCUGAGGAAUAAAAAAGGUGAGACUUUUCAGAAUUCUCCUCUUGAGCGGAAGGUCUUGCCAGGGCCAAUCUACCCUUCUGCCUGCACUCUGACUUAUGACAGGCCAGAGCCCGGGGAUGUCAUCCUAACAUUGGAAGCACGGGACAAGUAUUCUAAUGCACUUGAUACAGGUGGUGAUGGCAGCAAGAUCAAUGCAUCCAUGUGCUUGAGCCCAUGUCCUUUCAUUGAGGGAGGUGCAGGAACUGCUGCUGAGGUGUCAGACAACUACGAUGGGACUUAUGACUUGCUUUUCCGUAAGCUUGUGCGUGGCCGUUACAGACUGCGUGUGUGGGUGGAUGGAACUCUUACAGCUGGAACACCGCUCACCGUCCCCGUUGUUGAGCGCAAACUCUCGCCAUCAUCUACUACUAAUCUGACUUCACCAGUGUUCAUCAGCAAAUGGGCUGAUUUGGUUUUUGCUCUCACCGGCAGAGACCUGCUUGGUGGUAGGGUUGACGCUCCUGCUGAUGGUGCACAGAUAGGCAUAGCUGUGUGUAACAUCUCCUCCACCAGUGUGAACGGCACUGGUUGUGUCUUGGUAGAGCGUUCUGUGACAAUGCUUCCUUCUCCUUCUGGGAAUAUCAGUGGAUCCACAUCUGACAGUGAGAACAAGGAUCUAUACCUUGUGAGAGUGGUGUGGGAAGAUGUCAAAAGAUUCGGCCCUGGGAGGUUCAUUCUGCAGGUAACAGCCGACAGUGCAUUACUCAAUGAGGGAGUGAGGGAACUCAGCAUAAUUUUCCCCGAAGCUGUGAGAGCUCCGGGAACUUACGAAGUGCGUAUGGCAGUGAGUGCUAGUUCUGUGGAGUUUGUGAUAACAGCAUAUGAUGAGGACAACGUCUUGAUGCUCAGUGCAACCUUUGCUGCUGUGAUCAGGCCUGUUAAGAUCGUCUCCAUCUCUGUGCCAGCAACUAGCCCCAGCAAUGGUACGUAUGUCAUCACUGUGACUAACUUGACAAUUGGACAGUACUCAUAUGACCUUAAGUAUUGUGGUUCUGACCCUGGCUGCAACAAUGCACUAGAUGACACGGCUCUACCCUGGAUCAGAAGAGACGAGCCACUCAUCAUCGGCGGUGGUGAAUUGUCCCCGAGAACCACCACCAUCGAGGACCUCCGCUUAGUCUAUGACUAUGGGAAGCUUGCGUUCUUCACGAUCCGUGCUCGAGACUCAAAUGGUAAUGCUCGGAUCCUGGGCAAUGACCUCGAUCGUUUCACCAUCACUUUCAAUCCCACUCUUAUCUUUACCGUUAUGUACACCACCAAUGGAACAUACAAGGUGAACUUCAUCCCUACGAGCAGCUCUUACACUGCUGUGGUUUCAAUAGAUGACAGGGAGUUCCGGAGGUUCACGUUCACUGUCCGUAUCCCUGAUUCCCCUGCCCGGAACUUCUUCCUCAGUGGGUACGCUCUUAGCAGGGGGUAUAUGGUUGCUGGAUUUGCUGACGACUUCUCUGUUCGGCCCCUUAAUCCCUCCUAUAGCACCAUAGAGGUGUUCUCUGUCAGUCUUGACCGUUUUGACUCAUUGGACCUCAGCAACAUUACCAGUUUUCAGAUCGCAGAUGCAUGUCCCAAGGGUCGGACCUCUGUGGAAUGUCGGUUCAAGGUCAACCAGACUCGUUCUGGACGGUAUCUGCUUGAUGUCUUGUUCCAGAACAACUCUGUUGCCAACGCCCCCACCCUGAUGAGUGUGCGCCCCCGAAGAGCAGUAGGACGACUGUCCACCAUCGAAGUACCCUUGUCUUUGGCUGGCCCAAUACGUGCAGGAAGAACUGUAAAUUUCAAUGUCACUCUGAGAGACAUUUUUGGAAACGGUGCUGCAGCCACAGCCCUUUCGGUCAGCUUUGAAAGCUUUAAUGAAUCUUCCAAAGUUGAGGGGCAAAUUAGCAACCGCAUCCCGAAACAGGGGCGGAGCGAUGACUCUGAGACGGGUGAGUUCGUUGUCUCCGCCACUCUCACCCGAGCUGGAUUCUACCUUGGAACGGCUGCCAUCAUUACGGGCAACUCCUCGCAAACUGUUGUGGACCAAUUACAAGGUUCAGGUUUCACUCUUGUUGUCAUUCCAGGUCCACCAUCCGGAUCAGCAUCUCGUGUGACUGGCUCUGGCACUAUGGACAUGAUAGCUGGCACACUUGUAGAGCUGAAAAUCUUCUUGAUGGAUGCGUUUGGAAAUGAGAUUGUUGGUGAGAACAUGGCUAACAAUACUGUCCAAGGGACCAUCAAGGAGGACAGACCCAACUCGCCAGUCAUCCUCACCCUCACCGCCCGAGUGGUGUCGCCUAGGGAUAACUACUUCACGGUCAGAUACAAUGUCACUAAGGCCCAGAAGUACCGCAUUCGGCUUGACGUCAGUGGGUCAAAUUUUGCAUCUUUUACGGUCACAGUCUUUCCAGGGCCUUUUGAUUUGUCCAAGACGCUAGUUUACAAUGUGGUGAAUGCCACUGCAGGACAGGAAGGAUCUUUCAGCAUCCAGCUUAGGGAUGCGUAUGAAAACAAUGUUGAAGGUCCAUACGCAGUGAGGACACAGUCCAUCAGCAAUGUACUGCGUACAACAGUUUUCAUGCCCCUUCCAGGCUUUGACCUACUCAAUCCGAUGGCAUCUUCUCCAGCACCAUCGCUGCUUGAUGAGAGUGGGCUACCUGGAAGGGCCUACCCCGGUCGUGGCUUGCAGGCCGAGGAGCUUGCUGACCCUACCACUACGGCUUUGCCAGGAGGAUAUCCCCAUUCCCAACCAAGUGUGAUCCAGACGCAGAUGCACUCAAUGCAGGUGCAGGCUCUGCAGCUGUCCAGUGGGCCAGUGAAUAUUGAUGUGUCCAUGACCUAUCUGAAACCGAUCUCCAACCUCGAGCUGUACUCACCCAUCUUGGUACCUAGGCUGCGCUUUGAGAGCCUUGGGACAGGAGCAACCUACAAGUGCACAUUCAGCUCCACGUUUGCAGCUACCUAUGCUAUAGUUAUCGUCAUUAAUGGACACACUGCUAGCAAUCUUAAGCACACUGUUAGCAUCCUUGCUGGGCCGAUAGCAGGUGACAUGACUACAGCUUCUGGACCGGGGCUGAAAGGGGGAGCUGCAGGCUCAUGGCUGACAUUCACGAUAGCCGCCAAAGACACAUACGGGAAUCUACGAACCGCAGCAGACACUUCCAGCCUUUUUGACAUCAAUAUCAAGGUUCUUCGCAACAGGAGGACAGUAACCAGUGCAUCCUCGUUGCAGAACACCACCUUGAUGGAAUCCUCUUCGCCCAUCCCUACACCUGUCUUCGAUGCCAGCCGCUCCCUGUGGGUGGUAAACUACACUGUCUCAGUUGCGGGCCGGUCAUCCCUCACCAUUUUGGUGGGAGGGAAGGGCAUUGUUGGUAGCCCAUUCCGAGGAGUCAUUACUGCAGCACCAUUUGUUGCUUCCAUGUCAGAGAUUUCAGGUCCGGGGGUAUAUGGCAGCUUCCAGAACGUUGACGCGCGGUUCACUGUGACUGUAAGGGAUCGUUUUGGCAAUCCAAGGCAGGACUCCAGCGUGCCGAUUGAUCCAAUUCGGGUACGGAUCCUGACAGGGCAAGGAACCGUCUCUUUCACAGACAACCCAGAUGGAUCAGGGACGUAUCAGGUGGUUUACAACAUCCCUGUUCCAGGACAGUACAAUCUCAGUGUCACUCUCCUUGAUGAGAAUGUAGGAAUUCCAUCUGGUCCAAGAAGUCCAUUGAAGCUGAUGAUCCUUGACAAGGAUGCACCCCAGGUUCUAGAUCCUGCAAAGUCAUAUGCGGAAGGGCUGGGCUUGAUUGAGGGCAUGGUCGGUGUGCCAUCCUGGUUCUUGCUCACAGCCCGAGAUGUCUAUGGGAUUGGGUUCCGUGCUGGAGGACAGGCCUUUGCCCUCAGAUUCGCCCCCAAUGCUAGUGCCUUCAUCCCCACAAUUACGGAUAACUUUGAUGGGAGCUACAACGUCUCCUAUGUGGGUAUCAUUGCUGGUCAGUUCAGAAUGACUCUCUCCCUUGCCACGUCAGCUGACACUGUGGUAGCUGGCAUCCUACAAAAACCUUUUAUUAUGUACCCUGGGCCUACCAGUCCCUCGGCAUGCAGCCUGUCGAGCCCUUUCACUGAUGUUGCUGCUGGUACCCAGAUUGAACGGAUCGUCCUGACCAGAGAUGCCUUUGGGAAUCGUCAGGCUUAUGGAGCUCAUUACCCCCUUGAUAACAUUGUCAUAACUUUCCAGCUGCGCACCACACGCGCUGAGUUUCAAGUGACUGCAGUACUCGAUUCCGGUGGUAACUACAAGUUCUCCUUCACGCCUGUCCAGGCAGGUGUCUAUGACAUCACUGGCACUGUCAAUCGUGGAACCCUUGGCUCACUGUCUGGUGGUGCAGUUAUCACGGUUGCAAACGCACCGAUCAGCCCCCUCUACUCCAUGCUGGUGGGGAGCGGUGCAACUGCUGGCAUUGCAGGGGAAGUUGGAACAUUCACCUUGUAUUUGCGUGACCUUUUCAAUAAUGACAUACUAACUGGGGACCUUGUUUGCAUGGUCAAUGGUUCACUUGCCUCCGCAGUGUCUUCUAGUGGCUCCUCCAGGCAGAGUCCUCUUCUUCCUCGAGAGGUCUCCCUGAAUUGCAAUCCUGUUGCUGAAAACGCUGGGGUUGUUGCAGUCACCUAUAACUUAACAAGAGCCACUGUGUACCGCCUUGCAGUUUCAGUCCGCAUGCUUGGACAGGGGCAAGUGUUUGCCAACAGCACUAACACAUCGUCUAAUGCCAGAUCGCCGGUUGGGUUUGUGCUAGCAAAGGAGACCUUUCUGACGAUUUCCCCUGGAAGGCCCUCUGCAAGAAAUUCUCAGGUGUCAUUGCGUGGCAUGCCUGUGCCCCAAGCAGGGGUGUCCUCCUCUUUCGGCAUCAUCUGUAAUGACGUUUUCAACAACACCUGCACCUUCUCAGCUGACAUGCUGGUGGCUAUCCGUGGCCUCUACCAAGUCCAGGUCUUCAGUGCUUCAGCUGGGUCUAUUCUUGCUAGUGUUGAGCCCCUAAGAAACCAACAGGGUCUCCUUCAAGCUAGAUUCACCCCUGUGACAGAUGGAAAUUACACCGUCUCUGUACACCUUGGAGGGGAAGAUAUCAUUGGAAGUCCGUUUAAUUUGUCAGCACGUGACUCACCUUCCUCUCCUGCGAACACCUACGCUAUCCUGGAGGGUGCAAGUGUUUGUUUACAGCAGGAUGAGUGGUUCAAGGUGACUGCUGGAAGGAAAACAGUGUUGACAGUCGUUGUUAUGGACACGUUCAACAGAAGAAGGGAGAAAAAUGUAGACGAUGCAAUUCGAGUCAAGAGCUACGGACCUGUGACAAUAAACUCCAAUAGCCCAGCUCUGGGGGCCACAUCGACAGGAUUUGCAAUUCUAGAAGUUACAACUGUCAACAACUUCACUGCUGUCCGCAAUGGCAUCUACAAUGUCACCUUCUUGGCCACCAGGUCCAAAGCGCCAGCCACUGGAAACUUAGCCAAUGUUGCACCAGGGCAACCGAUUCCAUACACACUCAGCAUUGAGCUCAUCUCUCGCUUCAGAGGAGUGGAGACCGGACGAGGUGAGAUAUCAGGCUCCCCUUUCCGUUUCACUGUCACACCCGGCGUAGUAAGUGGGCCCAGUUCUACGGUAACUCAUAUGCAGUAUGAAGCUGAUUCAGAGGGGAAGUCUUUGAAGGCCAUCUUCCUGAUUAUGCCACGUGACCUGUAUGGAAAUAACGCAGAAUACAUCCCUGGUGUGUUCUACAAUGUUUCCGCCGAAGUCUCCUCUGUUCAGGGUCCGCCCCCCCUCAUUCAGGGCUUUAUGGAGUGGCAGAUCCCUGCCCCUCCAUUGUUGCCCCCAGCACAACCUCUCGCUUCUCCACCACCCAGGACUCCACCACUCCCUUCUCCAUCCCCCUUCCCAUCCCCGUCUCCAGAGCCAUCAUCAUCUGAAGUGGUGCCGGGCCAGCCACUGGGUCCCGAGAACACCACCAGUUUCCUCAUCAAAGACUCAAGGUCGGUAGGCUCCUUUGCUGUGAGCUCUCUUCCUCCUCUGGUCACCGCUUUCACUGAAGUGGCGGUGUCAGAUAAGUAUGAUGGGUCUUUCCAGGCAGCGGUAUCUUCCCAACUUGCAGGGGUGUUCAAUAUAACUGUUAGGAUUGAUGGUAAACUUAUCAAUAAUGGGUGGUAUCCGUCCAUCCGAAACUGGCCCAUGAAGGCUGGGCCCAUGUCUAUCAACAUGUUCACUGCCGUGGGUAGUGGGAUUGGUUCUGUGAACAUAACUGUUGGUACCAAUGGCACCAUUACAGCUCAACCAUGUGACAUGUUCGGCAACCCAACCACUCUGUCGAACCAAACUGUUGCUUCUGCCUUGGCUGCCCAGAUCAGGGUGUCAUUUGAAGUGCGGGUUCCCUCUCUAGUGGACAACUCCUUCACAUCCUUCUCCGGUACACAAGCAAUUCGCAACAUCACCAUCCGUGCCAGACCAGAUGGAUCGAUAGCAAUCUCAUUCAUCCCAUUCCGCAGUGGCCUACUUAUCACAAGCCUUGCCUUUUCAAACAACACUAAUUCUGGUAAGAGGGGUCUCCUCCACUUCCGUGGGUCCCCCUUCACAGGCACUGUUUUGCCAGGAACCAUUGUUGAUGUCGCCACCUGUGAAGCAUUUGGUCCUGGCCUACGCGGUGGAGUUGUCUGCAGGGACCUGAAUGGUGGCUUGCCAGGUGAAGACUGCAUCAACUCGACUGUCUAUGUAAGUCCUCGAGACCUGUUUAACAACACAAUCCUGAAUCCUGCUGUUUGCAAGGCCUUCAUUGCAGAGUUUUCAAUCCCUGGUGGUGUUUGGAAUUAUGGCUUUAAUCUAGCAGACACUGGACUUUGCGAGCUCAACUACAUCUCGAGUGCUGUUGGAUCGCAAGGGCUGGAUAUCACCUACAAAGGAGCACCAGUACGUGGCAGUCCAUUCAGCAUCAAUAUCAGCCCCACACUUACUGACAUAGACCCUUCCAGGUGCACCUUUGAGACACCAACUCGUCCUUUUGUUCCAGCAGGCUCUAAAUACAUCGUCGUCAUCACACUGGCUGAUAGCAAUGGAAUUGCCUACUACAAGAAUGUUAGCAGUGACUUCCUUGCAGCCACUAUCCUCAAUUCAGGAACAGCAGAUCCACGUGCGGGGGAACCCCUCCCUCCCUCUGUCUUCCCUCUCACAGUGGCUGUUCGAGACCGCACUAGAGGAACUUACAGCAUUUCCUGCAGCCCAACAAGGCCGGGCAACUAUUCGCUCGCUGCUGUUGUUGGUCCGAGUAGGGCCCUCCUCGGAAAAGGUGGCGGUACAAUCAUUCGUGUGAUUGUUGUUGCGGGCCCAACUGCUUUGGAUAAGAUAAAUGUGACAUACAAGGGGGGUGGAAAGUCUCAGUAUAGAGUGGGUGAAGAAAUAGGAGUCACAAUCCAGCCAGCUGACGCCUACGGGAAUUUUCAAGAUUAUGUGGCAGUUACAGAAGCGGAAUCUUACUCUCUCGAGGUCAUGAAACCAGAUCAGUCGUUUCAGACAUUAGAUGCUAUCCUGGUAACGAAUGACGAUGGGGAAACCAAGCAUUGGGAGAUCAGCUUUAAGCUGAUGCAUAUCGGUUCCUACAAUCUCUCCAUUCUCUUCAGCUUUCAACUCAAUGAGCGUGUUCUAGACAGGCGGAAAAUUACGACAAAUUGGGACAGGUUCUACAGGAGUGAAGACUCUGACGAUGACUUGCAGGGAUGGCAAUCAGACAUGGAAAAGGACGGGGAGGACCAAGAAGCGGAGUCGGGCAAUUCAAAUGAUGAUGAGGAGGGAGCAGCAAGAACAAAGGAUCAAGGCACAACCACAGGAAAGGAGGUUGGGCAGACCAGGAACUGGGCUGUCCACGAGCGCUUUAAGGUGAAGAGGCGGAACAAGCUUGGUUUUAUGAAACUCAGUCGUUUGGUGGAGAUAUCCACCAAUUUAAGACUGCUUCGGUGCCACAGUAGCGGUGCGGGAUACGUCCUUCCAUGGGAGGAUGAGGACGUCGCCACGGAGGACGGGAGACCGGAGCCCCACGACUCACGAGUCCGCCCCGCGGACAAGGUCACCACUGAGCAGCUGGACACACAAGUACGAAAGGGACGAAAGGAUUCGCUCACCGACAACCUGCAACCAUGGAGAGAUUUCGAGAGGCGAACGACGGUUUUGUUGGCAUAUGAGGAGGAGUCAGUGUAUGACCCUGAGCCCGACCCUCUCGCACAGGAUGAGAUUGAGGUGGAGCCAUGGUCAGAUCCAGAUGACCUAGACGCGGAGUCGGAGCAAUCCUCAGACGAUGAUGUUCCGCUUGCACGAAUGUGGCCUCAGACGCGAGAACGGGGACUAGACCCCAUUCGAGGUGAGGACGACGAUGCAGAGGGAGGUGGUGAUGGGGCUGUCGGUGGAGGGGCUGCCUAUAAAACCGCGAUUCAUUGAACGCGGGUUUUCCGUUCAGAAACUGAACGGAAUGCACGCGCGUGCAAUGAACGCGACCGAACGCG